GCACCGGGUUCGGUUCCCCCCGUCAUGUUUUGUGACGAAACAGUCCAAGUCUUGGAAAACUCUUCCGUCCGCCAUUUUUGCACAGAGAGAGAGAGAGAGAGAGAGAGAGAUGGCGCAGCCGAGCAAGGAGCCGUGCAAGAAGGAGGCGUGCGACAUCCAAGCCUGUCUCACCAAGAACAAUUUCAUUCCUCAGAAGUGUCUGAAGUUCAUUGAGGCGCUGCAAUCUUGCUGCGAGCAAUGUGAUUACAAAUCAACCCACUGUGCUUCUGUCUCUGGCCUUCUGAAACAGAAGCCUAAAUGAAAGGCUACAUAUAAUGGCACGGUGCAUUUGGCUUCGUCUGUUUUGACUUAGGGCAAAUAAAGGUCUUUGUUUUUUGCCCCGCGACAUGUCGGUACACUUUGUGGAUGGGUAACCAUUUUGUGCUUCUCAAUUGACAGCAGGAUCUAAUAGGGAAAAGUUGGAUGUUUUUUCAUUUUUUCUAAGAAGAGGAAGUGUGGAUGGAGAGACUGUAUGCGUCCAUCUUUCCCUUGCAUAGUGUGGUGGUAUGAGAAGCACUAGCCACAAGAAGUUUGCAUUUGGUUAUAUCUUACGAGGACUAAGCUAUCUAAAUAGACUCGCUCACAUAUUUGAGCUUGAGGAUUAUGUCAUGAAAUAGGGAGAAAUCUUCUUUGGUUUAUUUAUUAACCAGAUGUGUAUGUCCUUGUAUAUGUUGAGAUUCUUCCCUGUACCAGCAUAAGAACUACUGCUUCCUUUCUACACAGUUUACCAUGUGUAGAAAGCAGUGAAUGGAUAGUUUAUUUGGUGCUCUCUC